AUGGACGACGACGAUGCCGUUGAAGCAUCAGCUCCACUUCCUCGCAAGGGAGGCCCGAAAGCAGGAAAUGCGGGCCCUAGCAACCCGACCACAUACACCAUGGACGACGACGAUGCCGUUGAAGCAUCAGCUCCACUUUCUCGCAAGGGAGGCGCCUCAGCAGGAAAGGGAUAUUAG